GUAGCUCAGUAGGAAACACACACAGAGGUUUAACAACAAGGACCGUAAGGUAACGACGCAUGUGUACAAGUUACUUCUUGUAGGUUUAGCAGUAGAGAUCUAGGUUAUUUAAACACUCACUUUACACAAAAAAAACCCGAGGAAACUAAGUCAACGGUGGCAUUCAAUAGCCUUUGUUGACAAUUGUUAACGUUCAUAAAAUUCAACUAUUUGCUAUGGUAAAGCAUGAUAUGUCACGUUUGUUCAGGCAUACUCCAAUUACAUCCACCAUCUAGAGAGUAGGGAGAGAGAGAGAGAGAACGUAGUAUAGGUAGAGAUUUAUGAACAUGUCUACAAAAAUAAUCUCGACGCUGUCCAUACUUUUGUUGAUGUACGGAUCUUAUUUGGCUGAAAGACAUUCCAAGCUUCCUAGAUUUGACAUUUUCAAAUCCCACUGCAUUCAUUUAGCUGCUUCCGGGGACAAAGACGUCUGUAAAAAAUGCCCAGCUCCCAAAACGACAACCACGCCGACUACAACAACAACAAGAACGACGACAACAAUACCGCCAACCACUCCAAAACCUAAGGUCACUGACCUGAGACUGCCCACAUCCGUCUCACCACUCCACUACAACAUCGACAUCACCACCUUCAUCCACUCAUCCGAUCCGUCGCAGUUUUCAUACGAGGGCACCGAGAAGAUCUGGAUCCAGUGCAACACACCCGCCGACAACGUGACCAUCCACUUCCGGGUUCUGACCAUAGACCCCGCCUCAAUUAAGUUCUAUGGCGACCCCGUCUCGUCAGAUGACCCGCGCUACGUCACGUCAUCAAUCGACCUGGCCAGGGAGUUUUUCGUCAUCAAGUUGGACAGUAAUAUGCAGGCUGGGAAAAUUUAUAUUCUCGAGCUGGGCUUUACCUCCCCUAUAAAAAAUGACAUGGUUGGUCUGUAUUACAGCGUGUACUCAAACAACGGUAAAACCACUUACCUGGCGACGACCCAGAUGGAGCCAGCAGACGCCAGAAAAGCCUUCCCCUGUUUUGACGAGCCGGCACUGAAGGCCACGUUUAACAUGAGCCUAGUACAUCCCAGCUCCAUGAUCUCCCUGGCCAACACUCUGCUCGUGAACACACAACCUGCAUUUACUGUAGAUGGUGUGGACUAUGUUCGAGAUACCUACCUACCGUCACCCAAGAUGUCUUCCUAUCUAGUGGCGUUUGUUGUCUGUGAUUUCUCCUUCAAGUCGGCCGUAUCCAAGAACGGCGUUCUGUUCCGCGCUUGGACUACCAAUAGCAGCAUUGACCAGAUAGACUAUGCCCUGUCUGUGGGCACAGAGACUCUCUCUUUCUAUGAAGAUUUCUUCGGCAUUAGGUUCCCUCUGCCAAAACAAGAUAUGAUAGGCAUUCCAGACUUUGCAUCCGGUGCUAUGGAGAACUGGGGUCUUAUUACUUACAGACAGAAGUACCUUCUGUACGAAGAGGGCAAAUCUAACGAGUACGACAAGGAGAUUGUGACCUUUGUGGUCACGCAUGAGCUGGCACACCAGUGGUUCGGUGACCUUGUGAGUCCAAGAUGGUGGGAUGACCUUUGGCUGAACGAGGGGUUCGCGACCUUCAUGCAGUACCUGGGUGUUGACCACGUGCAGCCAGACUGGAAAUUUUUUGACAUCAUGACCAUCAGAGAACUCCAGAAAGCUAUGUCGUUAGACAGUCUUGUGUCGUCACAUCCGCUCUACGUUCCAAUCACCCUCAUAGACGACAUUCUCCAGAUCUUCGACAGCGUUUCUUACUCUAAAGGUGGUUGUAUUAUAAGGAUGUUGCGUCAAUUUAUUGGAGUUGAAACCUUUAAAAGGGGGAUGAACAGAUAUCUGACAAGAUACAUGUACUCUACUGCCACACACAAUGACUUAUGGGAUGCUAUAGCCGAGCAAACAGCACUAGACGGCAAGACCAUUGACGUGAAGGACAUCAUGAACACAUGGACCGUCCAGAUGAACUACCCGCUUGUCACUGUCACCCGUGACACGUCAUCCCCUGACGUCAUCAUCGUGUCACAACAGAGAUACCUGUCCGCUAAGAACGCCGUUGACCCUGGGACCUACCAGACGCUUUAUGGAUACAAAUGGACCAUCCCAGUUACAGUGACAUCCAGCAAAAAUCCAAACUUUGACGAAUUUAGUGCUGAUGUUUUGUGGCUGACUAGAAAUGAAACAUCCAAGAGUUUCACCUUUGGUGCUGCCAACUUGCCAGACAUUAACGAUCCUAAUGGUUGGAUCCUUGCAAACAUUGCUCAGGUCGGGUACUAUAGAGUCACCUACCCCGUGUCUAACUGGCUGGCACUUAGCAACCAGUUAAAGACCAACCAUGAGGUAAUUUCAGCAGUAAACAGGGGGCAGAUAAUCAACGACGCCUGGAGUUUGGUCAGAUCUGGUGACCUUGGCAUUGACGUGGCCUUGAAACUGUUUGACUACCUGGACAAUGAACACGACUACGUGCCAUGGUUUGUCGCUACCAAUGAGUUCAAGUACCUCAGCCAGAUGUUGUCUCUCAAUCCUUUGUUCGGCAGAUUCAGGGAAUACAUGAAAGACAAAUACGGCAAAUCUUUCAAAUACUUUGGUCUAGACAAUACUGGAUCCUCUCACCUUGAAAUCGGUGCCAGACAGCUGGUAGCCAAAGGUGCCUGUAGCUACGGUGUCAAAGAGUGUCUUGACGCGGCCAUCAGCCUGUAUAGACAAUGGAUGGCCGACCCCAGAAACAACCCGAUUGACCCCGAUCUAAAGCCUGUGGUCUACUGCUCUGCAAUUGAGGCAGGCGGUCUCGAGGAGUGGAACUUUGGAUUGAAGAUUUACACGGACCCCGCCAUGUUUAGUGAAACCAAUUACCUUUUGGACGCCCUGUCUUGCUCCAAGGACGUGUGGCUGGUCAACAACUUCAUCAGCUACGUCAUCCAAGACAACUCACCAGUUCGUAAACAAGACACGAUUCCACUCCUGACCACAUCCACCAGCAAAACUUUGCCACGUAUCCUUUUCUGGAACUUCUUCAAAGCCAACUUCGACAAGUUCAUGAGCAUUUAUGGCACUCAGAUAUCAUUAGCCAACGUCAUCAUCAGUGCAACCUCCGCUUUCAACACAGACUACGAGUUAGCGGAUCUCAAAGCCUUUAAAGCCGCCCAUGAAGGCCAAUGGGGAUCCGCCUCUAAAAGCAUCGAGCAAGCCAUUGAGACGGUCUCCUCUAACGUGAAGUGGAUGAAAGACAACCAGGCCGCAAUUGACCAGUGGCUAGCCGACGCUGGGUAUUAAGGCACCCGUAGACACGUCUGAGAACACGGAAUCGGAAGCAACUUUUUCAUGAAGUUGUGUGACGUUGUCUGAUUUGUCUAGCAUAAAGGAGUUAUAAUUAUUAUUAUUUUAUUUACGAAACUUGCCUGAGGUACAGAAUAACAACGAACAUGACUAAACAAAAGAACUAUAUUUAUAAGAAUACUUUCAAUUUAAAAUAUAUAAAAGAAUGGCUUCUCAACGAACAGUAAUAUAAUUAUUUUGUUAUUUAGUUUUUU